CUUCAAAUACAUUACCCAUAAAUGCUAAUAAUUUAAUAAAUACACAUAAUAUACUUAAGCACUUCCAAGAUAUCGAAGCGCAUAGACAUCAAAAAUAUACCGUUAGCCCUGAAGAAAAGUUCCUCGCGUAUUUUUCUCAUAGUGGAUAUCAUAAUCAACGUAUAGCUUUAGAGAAUGCAUUGUUACUUGCGAAGCUUCUCAACCGUACUUUAUUACUAUCUCCUGUGGUGCUUGGCCGACCACUCCCAUGGCUAUCAUUCGACACAAUGUACAGACGUUUAUUCGUGAACACAAAAACUGGUAUAGAACAUUGUAAAGAUAUAUCAGAAAAUUAUCCUUUACCAGUAGAAUGUCUUGAAUAUUUUUCCUAUACUAUUGUAUCUUGGGAUUUCUUGGUUGAUAUGGAUCCGAUCAGGAAAUGGCAUAGGAUAAUGGAUCGACCAGAACAUUCCUACGAAUGGCUUGAAAAAAAUCUCAAUAUAAAUAAAAACAAUGAUAUUUAUUUCAUAAAAGACGCCGCACGACUUGACUAUCGUAUCUAUGAUACUCCUAAUAGCACAAUUCCUUACUCUAAAUAUUUAAGAAAAAUGGAAAUUUCCGAUUUGCUUGCGAUCGAUACAAAAGUGAUUCAUUUUGGUUCUUUAUUUGGAGCAUUUCGCGUGGUGCCUGAAUUGCCAACCAACUUAGAGCAUGCUGUCUUUAUUCGAAAACAUCUUGUCCCAACCAAUUCUCUCGUUCAACGUGCUGCGAAUCGCAUUAUCAACAAAUUAGGUGGCGCUAAAAACUUUAUAGGACUUCAUAUACGUGUAUCCGAUGGUUUGUUCAUGAAAUUUGCCAGACCAAACAUUGAUAAAAUCUAUCAUCAAAUCAUUGAUACAUUUACGAAUCUUUCUCCGCAAGAAGUAGACGCUCUCGAAGGUGGCACACAUGAUAGUGAUAUCUUAGUCGAUGAUACUGUAGAUUUAGGUCAACAUAAUUCUCGUAGUAUCGAAACUGAUGACAGCUCAUACCAAGAAAAUUUUAAUAUAAACACUCUGAAAGAAGUAAUAUGUCGGAAACCACUUCAUCCGACAGAUAAAGGUGUUAACACUAUUAUUUAUAUUGCCACAGAUGCAGAAUCCCCACGUACCAAUCCGUUACUAUUCAAAUUUUUUAAUACUUUUCCUUGUGUAUUUGUCUUGGAUGAUUUUGAUCAGGAAUUAGCUGAAAUAAAAAGCGCUAGAAAUGCAGAAGACAAAACCCCUUUAGUUAGUUAUCUUAUUCCCAUGUUAGAUGCCACGAUCUCUGCAAAUGGAUUUCAUUUUUAUGGUACACCCCAAUCAACAUUUAGUAAUUAUAUUGACAAGAUUUUGCAUCCAUUGUAUUCAGGAAAGGAAUUAUUAAUAGA